AUGCUCCCUUCCCAGACUCCAGCCCAGGGCUCUGGGCGAUUCCUUCUACUCUCUCCGCCAUCCCUCUCCUCACAUCCAGAAAAGCUAAACGCCAUCCUAGGAUUGCAUGCACGCGAAAGCACAGAUUUGCAAAUGCUCGACCGACUCGCGCUAGGCCUCGUAUCCCUUCCCCAAUCAACCUAUGACGUUGUGCUGCUGCUGACAGGAGCAGAUAACACGCUCGCAGAAACCUAUAGAUUGGUCAGUCGUGGGGUCUUACAGGGGGUCGUUAACAGCCUGAAGCCCGGAGGGAAGUUGAGGAAUCGAGAUAAUCAAAUAUGGGGUUCAGGGUCAGAUUCAGCCGCAGGCUUAGGAUCAAGUGAUGGUGGUGGUGGUGGUGGUGGUGGUGAGAAGAAGAGCAGCAGUGAGCAAGCAUUCAGGAACGAGGCGAUAUUGGCGGGCUUGGUAUUUGAUGAUAGGGGCGAGUUGGCGAAGCCGGAUUUCGGAGCGCAGCAGGCUGUUCCGCUGAAGUUGGGGAGAAAGAAGAAUCUGGGGGAUUCUGCUUUUGGGAAUGGGACAGUAGAGUUACCAGCUUCAAAUGGUGUGAGGGUGACUGCGGGCGCUACUACUACUACUCCCACUACGACGACGACAACUACAAUAAACAGCUCAACCCCCUCGGGGGUCAGAUUUAUAGAUUUCAGCGACGACUUUGGCGUCCCGAUGGUGGAAGAAACGCAAGAGUUAGAUGAGGAGCUGAUAGAUGAGGAGGAGCUACUAGGGGAGUUUGACAUGGGCAGGCCCAUUGUUCAACCCCCAGAAUGCCGACCAAAGGCAGGCAAACGUCGAAGAGCUUGCAAGGACUGCACGUGCGGCCUGUCACAGAAACUGGAGGCGGAAGAUAGAGCCAAACGCGCCAACGCGGAUAAAGCGCUUGAGACGCUGAAACUGGGAACCAAUGACUUGGCCGAGGUUGACUUUACGGUCCAGGGUAAAGUGGGCAGUUGUGGGAAUUGCGCGCUGGGCGACGCCUUUCGAUGUGAUGGAUGUCCGUAUAUUGGGCUUCCGGCGUUCAAGCCUGGGGAGGAAGUUAGGCUGUUGAAUAACGAUGUGCAGCUGUGA